AUGGCGGAUCAAAAGCCUCCCGUCCAAGGCGCUUCUUCAGUGUCGGCUUCGCCUGCGGCGGCGACGGCGACAGCGACAAGCUCUGGGACUACUUACAAAGCCCCAACACCUAACCCAGCUUUCCGCAUGAUGGGAAUACCCGGGCUACCUAAGAAGCUCCCCUCUCGCAACUGGAUGAUCUUCUUCGCCGUAACGGGAUCCAUCUCUGCCGCCGUAAUAUACGACAAGCGCGAGAAGAAGCGCGCAACUGUCCGGUGGUCCAAAGCAGUCUCCCACCUCGCGCGCGAGCCUAUCACGAAUCCGACCCAGCUACCACGAAAACUCACCAUCUUCCUAGAGAGUCCCCCCGGUGACGGUCUCCGUGUGGCACAGGACCACUUCACCGAAUACGUAAAACCGAUAUUAGCCGCAUCAGGAUUGGACUGGGAGUUCGUACAGGGCAGGAAAGAGGGCGACGUUAGAGCUGCGGUGGCUGAGAGGAUACGACGGACGAGGCAGCCGGAAACAGAGGUUCAAACUCAGGAGGAGAUCGUGAGGGAGAUAAGAAAAAAGAAUGCGACGCCCGAGUGGCAGGGUCUUCGAGGCGAUAUUGUAAUUGGACGACAUACGUGGAAGGAGUAUGUACGGGGUAUACAUGAGGGCUGGUUAGGACCUCUCACCCCGCCCGUAUUACCGGAACCCGAAGUGAAGAAAGCCGAGGAGACACCAGCUACGGAAGGAAGCGAAGGCGAGAAGCAAGAGCCGAAACCCGAGGAGAAACCCGAGAGACCACCGCAACCACCGCCAUACAACACAACAAACGACUAUCCCACUUCCCCCCUUCCGAUGCUUAUUCCCGCCGAAUUCUCCCCCUCAGCACCCAUACCAUUCCCCCAUAUUCUCGGCUUCUCCAACACAUUUAUACGUUUAAGACGCUUCUUCAACCGUCGCUACUUAGCCGACGACAUAGGCCGCGAAGUUGCAGCCGUAUGCCUAGCAGCGGCGCGCGAGUACCGCGAGGACCUAGACUUAACACAGGCAGAGCAACAAACUGCCCUUGAACACGAGGAGAGUGACUGGCCUAAGGCUACAUGGAAAGAAGACAAACCCAAGGAGGGUGAAGAAAAGAAGAUUCCCACCACGCCUCAAGAGAAGAUAUGGACAAGUCCCGUAGUGCUGGACCCGCGAGUCGCGAUGCGAAUGCGUCGCUUCGAAAUACAGCCCGAGGAGGAAGCUCGCGCUAAGGAAAUCGUGGUCCCAGAAGAGGAGAUAGAGGGUUGGAUCAAGGGCAGUUUCCGGAGCUUGUACCGCUGGGCCAUCUCGAAACCCGAGCCCAACCCCGCGUGGCUCGACGAGUGA